CGAGACGAGACGCAAAGGGGGUGUCGCCAUGUUUGGAACGGAAUAAUCAGCAAUCGCGGCGUGCCUCGAGACAUUGAAAAACAUUGGCGUGCUCCUCGACGCCGCGUUCCGCGCACCUCGACAAGUCACACUUGCGCAACGCCUCCAACAUUAGUCGAGUCAAAACACGCGACGAUGACGAGCUGCCCCGGAACGUACGGCGAAUUUGCUUCUCCGAUCGAGGCCACCGAGAUCGUUGCUGGCGAAACGUUGAACAUCACGCUCAUCUUGGAUCGAUCUCUUUGGAAAUCUCCGUUGUUUUAUAGAGCACAGCUUAGGGACAGCCGGAAGCUCUCUGUCGUGGCGAAUAUCACUGACGCCACGCUACAUUGGGAUCCAGUUGCUGCCGGGCUUUCCCCUACUCUGUUUUCUACCGGACCGCCUGUGUGGCUCACAGGGGCCGAUGGCAAAUGUCCCAAUUCGACCGCGGUCUAUCACAGCUGGCUCGUGCCGCCAACAAUUCCCGUGUCCAAUGGCCCGCGCGGCUUUCAAAUAUUCUCCGAGUAUGGAGAUGCUACGUUCCCAGGCGCGACAGUCAGCGAGACUUUCUUUCUGGUGCAACGCGGGCAAACAACAUCAGCCACAACGACAGGCGCCGUUACCUCUUCUGCAGUUUCAAGCUCAGGAAAUGGGAACAGCAGUCCAACAGUGGCAGCCAAUCAGGACUCUCGACCUAAUUAUGAGCUCUCUUUCGCCAGCCAAAUGGCGCUCGUAAUUUUACUGCCUAUAAUGGUGUGCUCGCUCCUCAUAGUCUGGUUUUGUCGCUGGCUACGGAAGAAGAGAAAUCAGGGCAGCACGCCUGGCACCGACACAUCGCAACCCGUCACUGCGCAAAUCGCGGCCACGAGUGAAGCCACGCGGUUCGAAAAGCCCGAACUUGAAGCGCCAACCACGGCUGCAAUACCCAGAGAACCGCAGGAGCUGGACAGUCAACCUGUCUCCCCUUGGGGCCAUGAUCUCCAACGCCAUCAUGGUGAGCACGUUGCCGAUCUGGCUCGAUCACCUGGCGUGCGUGUCAUGUCUUAUGAGCUGGAGGCAUCAAGGACGCAGUAGCGCCAACUGUGGCCAGGAACAAUGGUUGAAGGGCGGAUAUUGAACGGAACAAGAGGUUGGUGAGUGUCACUAUUUCACACGGUAGUGCUCUUCACAGAGCCUGGGUUUCCAACAGCACAAACAGUACCGAGGUUCUUGAUAAUUCAUCAAUCUAGUCCCAGAUGAUCCCCAUCAUCGACCGUAACACACAUCUCAUGUGUGCAUUGUAGAAAGAAUGUGUUGAUGAUAUUCUCAUGAGCGAUGCUACUGCUCCGGACCGGUCUUCUUAGCGGCAUGUGGAU